GAAUCGUAAACAGUAAACAUUCAUAUAACAUAUUUCAUAAGACUGCCUAAACAAACACAGUACACAUGGCUUACUCUAGUUGUUAAUAAAAUUAUCAUAACUAAUAAGUAAUAGUUAUUAAUCAAUAUUAUACUGUAGCACCGUUAUUAAUAGUACAAUAUUAUGGUUCCGUGCUCUGGUCGAACAAUAAAAUAGUACUAUAAUUAUGGUAUUAUGGUUUUUUGACAAACUUUUGAGGUAGGUAGGUCGUUAUUUCGUUUGCCCGUAGUCCUCGACAGAUAAAGAGAAAAAAGUAAUUGUUGUACACGGACGGUCGACGAUACUGAAGUUAGUUUACCAUAUGAACUUGUCUAAUCUCAGCUGGUUAUUGUGUUUUUUUACACGAUAAUACGAUAUUUUGUAUUAUUUCAUCGGUUGUAAAAGUGGAAAUAUUGUCUGACAAUUCAAAAAUCGUUGUUGGAUUAUUAUAUAUUUUAACAAGAUGUUUACUGGGAACUUGGCUUGUAAAGAGAUUGUCCUCAAUCAGCUGUUCUCUGCGUCUCGUCUGUUUCAUUUAAAUAAAUUGUUUAGCAAAUCAUCGUCGUCAAUUGAACAUAAUAUUUUAAAGUCUGUCGAUAAGAGUGAAUAUGUAAGAUAUAAAUUUCCAAAAUGCAUAAACAAUUUAGUUGACAUUAAACUACAACAAUUUGAUUCUUCAUUUACCAUUGUACCAGACAUUGUGUCCGUUGACGAAGAGUCACGACUGAUUGAUGAAAUAGAAAAAUCGUUGAAACGUUUACGCUAUCAACACGAUCAUUGGGAUGAUGCCAUACACGGAUAUAGGGAAACAGAAAUCAUCACAUGGAAAGAUCAAAACAAUUCAAAUGUGAUACAAAAGCUCAGAAAUAGAGUAUUUGCUGAAUCAAUCACAGAACAAAUGCAGAGAGUUCAUGUACUUGAUUUAUGCGACAAAGGUUAUGUCAAACCACAUAUAGAUAGUAUACGAUUCUGUGGAAAUAUAAUUGCUGGCUUGAGCUUACUGUCCGAUUCUGUCAUGCGUUUAGCUGAUGAAAAACAUCCAGACAUCUAUGUAGUUUAUGCUCUAUUACCUCGCCGAUCAUUAUAUAUUAUGAAGGAUUCAGCUCGAUACCAAUACACACAUGAAAUAUUAAGUGAUGGUGCACCGUCUGUGUUCAGUGAUAGACAAAUUGUACGGGAACGAAGAGUAUCAAUAGUAAUGAGAAAUGAGCCACCGGUUGAGGCUGAGAAAUAAUUCAAUAAUUAUAUUAGUUAAUCAAGAUUUACUUGUGUUAUUUUAUUAUUUAAUAGGAUAUCUCAUACUAAAAUCUGUUAUAUUUACAAAACUAUUUGUUUUCUGUUAAUAAAAAUAUAUUAUAAAAAAUGUUAAAUGUAAUU